UUUGCCCUUUUUUUGAGACUUACGAAGCUCAAAUUCUAUAUAAACCUGAGUGGCAAGAAGAGAUGGCAUACAACAAUCUUGUAACGAAAAAGCUAAGUAUUUGACACAGUAAGAGAGAGAGAGAGAGAUGUCGUCGGAGCAGGAAAGAUGUGAACUCGACGCCAGGGCUAGGCAAGGGGAGACUGUCGUCCCCGGCGGAACUGGGGGGAAGAGUCUCGAAGCUCAGGAGCACCUGGCAGAAGGGCGGAGCCGUGGGGGUCAGACGAGGAAGGAGCAGUUGGGACACGAAGGGUACCAAGAGAUGGGCCGUAAAGGUGGGUUGAGCAACUCGGGUAUGCCAGGAGGAGAGCGUGCGGCUGAGGAAGGGGUUGAAAUUGACGAGUCCAAGUUCAGGGCUAAGUAAAAGCUUUCAUGAUGUCGUUGGCUUUCUUUUAAGUGUGUGCUUUCUUUUGGAGCAUCUUGAAUAAAUCAUGUCCUUGGAUGCCUUACCCUACAGUGUCGGGUGUGUAUAUGGAUGUUUCUGCUUGAAGUGAGAAAUUAAUGUCCUUUCUA